AUGCUCCUGUUCAACCUAUCACGGCCAUUCUCCGCUAGUCCCCUGAUGCCCACAGAAAUAACCUCCGCCUCCACAGGCCCAUACGCUACCAACCAUUCUUUACUCCUCACCCCCACCCUCCUUCUCUUCUCUUUCCUUCUUUUCAUCCCUCCCAUCCCUACCCCGCCCUCCACCGAGGGUCUCUCGCAGCCCUGA